CUCCUUUCUUCUCCAGGUGAUCCCGACCAUGGCUAUCAGAACUAAGACGUUUCAGGAUUUUGUGUCUGAACCUAUGGGUGACAAACCUAUUACAGCAAUUGAGGGCAUUAAUGGGGAGCUCGGAGCAAAACUUGCAGCCAAGGGCUUUGACAAGGCAUACAUCCUCCUGGGUCAGUUCCUGCUCCUAAAGAAGGAAUGCGCUCUGUUUCAAAAAUGGCUGAAGUCCUCCUAUGGAGCCAGCAGCUUCCAGGCUGAGCAGUGUACUCUCUGUCUCUUGGAGUGGUGUUAUGCAUUCCUUUAAGCGUCACUUGGAUAUGGGAUCGCUCUUUUGAAAAAGUUAUCACCAUGAUCUGAAAUAAACAGUUUCAUGCAAUAGC